AGACCUUUCUCUAUGGUUCAUCAAUAUAGGACGAUUGACCUGGUGUAUAAAUUCUCGUCACCUAAAAACUCCUACAAACUCGAAGAAACUUACUCUCGAAAAACCUUCAUAAGUAAACAGUUGUAAAUGCAACAAAUUUGUAGCACAAUAAUGGAAGAAGAAUACGGCGGGGUAAGCAAAUGGGAAGGUUACGUCGAUUGGAGGAACAAAACAGCCAUUAAAGGCCGUCAUGGUGGAAUUCUUGCUGCAUUUUUCGUCCUAGUUGUGGAGGUGCUGGAGAACCUUGCAUACUUGGCGAAUGCGAGUAAUCUAGUCAUUUACCUAUCAAAGCACAUGCACUUCUCACCAUCUAAAUCAGCCGUCAUGGUCACAAACUUCAUGGGCACGGCCUUCUUGCUAGCACUCCUUGGUGGCUUCUUGUCCGACGCUUACUUAACCACCUAUCAUGUGUUCUUCAUCAGUGCUGUUAUAGAGUUUAUGGGUCUUAUGAUACUCACUAUUCAAGCUCACAUAGCCUCUCUACAACCACCACCGUGCCCUCAUACAGAAUUAAGCAAUGUACCAUGCACCGGAGUCACAGGUGGGAAAGCCGCGGUGCUAUUUAUAGGCCUGUAUCUGGUUGCACUUGGUGUAGGUGGGAUAAAAGGCUCGCUUCCCUCGCAUGGAGCCGAGCAGUUUGAUGAGAAUACGAAAGGAGGGAGGAAGAAGAGAUCAACAUUUUUCAAUUACUAUGUGUUCUGUCUUUCUUGUGGUGCUUUGGUUGCAGUUACCUUUGUGGUGUGGGUUGAAGAUAACAUUGGUUGGCAAUGGGGUUUUGGAGUUUCUACUCUAACUAUAUUGCUUGCUGUACCCAUCUUUCUGCUUGGUUCCUCUACUUACAGGAUCAAAGUUCCUGCAGGAAGCCCUCUGACAACUAUUUUCAAGGUUUUAACAGCAGCAAUCUGUAACAAGUUCUUCCCAAGGAAACCGAGCAAUGCUGUCAUGAACAUGGAAACAAGCCCUCGUACUAGAUCUGCUACCGAGCAUAGACAAACUUCAACAACAGAAACAACAACAGAAACAACAACAGAAACAUCAGAACUUAUGUUCCUAAACCAAGCAGUAACAAACAACCCAGUCCAUCAAACACUAGACUGCACAACAAAACAAGUCGAAGAUGUCAAAAUAGUAAUGAAAACCAUCCCAAUCUUCGCAUCCACAAUCAUGCUAAACUGUUGCCUUGCUCAACUCUCCACCUUCUCAGUCCAACAAGCCGCAACAAUGAACACAAACAUCGGCUCCUUAAAAGUCCCACCCGCCUCCCUCCCUGUAUUCCCAGUCGUCUUCAUAAUGAUCCUCGCACCUCUAUACAACCACAUCAUACUCCCCCUUUCACGAAAACUAACAAAAACCGAAAUGGGCAUCACUCAUCUCCAGAGAAUCGGGAUAGGCCUAAUAAUGUCCAUUGUUGCAAUGAAUGUUGCAGCAUUAGUAGAGAUAAAGAGGAAGAAGGUUGCAGCUCAACGAGGUUUAUUAGACUCGUCUGAGCCAUUACCAAUUACAUUUCUUUGGAUCGCGUUACAGUACUUGUUUCUUGGUUCUGCUGAUCUUUUUAGUCUUGCAGGGUUGUUGGAGUUUUUCUUUACUGAAGCUCCAAGUAGUAUGAAAUCUUUGUCUACAUCUUUUUCAUGGGCAUCAUUAGCAGUUGGGUAUUAUCUAAGUUCGGUGUUGGUGACAGUGGUUAAUCGAAUCACAGCAGUUUCUGGGCAUACCCCUUGGCUUAAAGGAAGCAACCUGAAUCAUUAUCAUUUAGAAAGGUUUUAUUGGAUGAUGUGUGUGUUAAGUGGGAUGAACUUCUUGAACUUCCUGUAUUGGGCUAGACGGUACAAGUAUCGAUCCAUGAAUCAAGGUUAAUGUAUAUUUAUGAUAGAUUCGUAGUAGUUAAUUAGAUAAGAGUUCAUCCAGGGAAGUUCAUGGUGUUGUAGUUAGUUAAGUAUAAAUGUAAUGUAGGAAGAAGUUCUUAAUUAAGAUAAUUUGAGGUAUUAUUUCAAGCAUGUUGCCUAACUAGCAAAUGAACAAAGAAGUUCUUAAGCAUGUCACAUUUGACUA